AUGGUUAAACACACGAUACAGAUAUUUGGUCGCAUUAAACCCACUAAGAAAACCGCAGCGGUGUACUCCGUGGACAAUGAGGAACAGACAGGUGCAUCUCUGGAGUUUGUGGUUCCCAGGGACUUAGCUGAUGGCUUUGUUAACAACAAAAGGGAAUGCUACAAAUUCAGGUUCCAAAAGGUGUUUGAUCAAACAACCAAUCAAGAGGAGAUAUUUGAACACAUUGCCAAACCAGUUGCAGACAGUGUACUGGCUGGCUAUAAUGGCACCGUAUUUGCAUACGGCCAGACGGGCAGUGGGAAGACCUUUACCAUCACAGGAGGUGCUGAGCGUUACAGUGAUCGUGGAAUUGUUCCUCGCACCCUGUCCUACUUGUACGAAUGCUUCAGCCAGGAUAGCAACAUGAUUUAUACCGCACACAUCUCCUACCUGGAGAUCUACAAUGAGAUGGGAUAUGACCUUCUGGAUUCCAGAAAUAAAGCAUCUCGACUGGAGGACCUACCAAAAGUAUUGAUCAUGGAGGAUCCAGACCAUAACAUCCAUCUCAGGAACCUGUCUCUGCAGCAGUCAGCUAAUGAGGAAGAGGCUUUGAACCUACUCUUUCUGGGGGACACCAAUCGCAUGAUUGCAGAAACUCCUAUGAACCAGGCGUCCACUCGCUCGCACUGUAUUUUCACUGUGCACCUAUGCAGGCGUGAGCCCGGCUCAGCCACAGUGCGGCGAUCCAAGCUCCACCUAGUGGACCUGGCUGGAUCGGACAGAGUUAGCAAGACUGGCCUGAACGGGCAACUGCUUACGGAGGCCAAGUAUAUCAACCUCUCCCUUCACUACUUAGAGCAGGUGAUCAUAGCAUUGUCGGAGAAGAAUCGCUCCCAUAUUCCCUACAGAAACUCCAUGUUAACGUCUGUGCUGAGGGACAGUCUUGGGGGCAACUGCAUGACCACUAUGAUUGCCACUAUGGCAGUUGACAGAAGAAACAUUGAUGAAUCCAUUUCGACGUGCCGCUUUGCUCAGCGUGUGGCUCUCAUCAAGAAUGAGGCGAUAUUGAAUGAAGAACUGGAUCCUGCCCUGCUGAUUGCACGUUUGAAGAGGGAGAUCGUGUCACUGAAGGAAGAGCUGGCUAUGGUAACAGGAGAGCAGAGAGAUGACCAGCUGACUGUGGAGGACAUCCAGAAGUUGGAAGAGCUAGUCAAGGCCUUUCUAGAUGACCCUGAUCCAGACUUCACACUGUCAUUAGGACCAGACAUGAGAAAAAUCCAGUACUGUUUCUCCCUGUUGAAGAUUAUAAUUCUGGAUCAACAAGGUGGAAGAAAUAAGCACAGUGAUGGACAAGACUCAUCAGCAGCAACAGGGAUGCAAGAAGAAAAGGAAGAAAACAGCCACCACAGUGCAGCAGAAGUGGACAAAUUAAAGGAGAUGCUUCAGCAACGGGAUAGCGAGAUUCGCAUCCUCAUUAAGAUGUUGAAGAAGGAGAAAAAAGGGGCCGAGGAUGCUGCUGCUCAGUUUGCUAACAUCACCAGUGACCAGACGGCGUCCCCCCAGAGUGCCUCGAGGGUGUCCACGAUGCCGCUGUUGAAAGAAGGAAGCAUGGACACUGUCUCAGCCAACCAUGCAGGACGAGCAGUACAGUACAUGCAGAGAGGUCCACAGCUGUCGGUGGGAAAGAAAGAGGCCUUUGAGAACUUCAUAAGGGACCAUGAGGACCAUCUGACCAUUGAAGACAACAAGAGCCUACUCAAGCAGAGAUCCGCUGAGACCAGAACGCUGAGAGAGCAGCUGAAUGAAUCCAGAAACAGAAUCACUGAGUUGAAGAAGCAACUAGAGAUGCGGAGGAGACAGAGGGCAGCUCACGCUGCCAUGGCGAAUCACACAAACUUUGAGGAAGAGUACGACCCAGUGGAAGAAAACCUGUGCAAACACAUCGAGCAAGAAAAAUUGGCCUACAAGAGCACCAUUGGCCAUCUAAAGGCAUUGAGGACAGAGAUUGAACAUCUGCAGCUGUUGCUGGAAAGGUCAAAGACCAAGCUCCACAAGGACUUCCAUAAGUGGUGGAGCCAGGAGGUUUCCAGCGUGCAGGAAUCUGAGUCAGGGGCCACAGCCAGAUGUCAUAUGGGAUCACCAAAUGAAACCUUGCAGCCAUUCCCAGCUGGCACCCCAGGAUUUCGUGCUCCUGGUCUGAGCAGUACUACGAGAGACUCUCCAGCAGUCCAAGACCCAAAUCCAGGCUGCCCCUCCUCAUCUAGUCAAGAGAUCAGAAGCAUCACCCCUAGAAGUGGACCUCCAUUGCGAGCUGUGCCAGCCUGGAAUAACACAUCCCUGGAUGGACAGGUGACUGACUCCCCUCCUUCUUCUGAGUGGAGGGCCCUUGCCUCCACCACAGUCUCAUCCUCUUCUAUUCCAAUGACCGGAGACCAGCAGACUGAUGCUGACAUUCUGGCUUUUGUCAGGGCCAGGCAAAACCUCCUCAGCAGGGCAGGCCCAGCUCAACAGUGAUACUAAGUUCUGAGGAAGCCUGUCAACAUGUGAAUGCUUGUUCAACCUCCAUGUGUGCCAGGUGAAAGAAUGAUCUAAAUGUGCUUUAGAUUUCUGCCAAAAACCCUCCACACAUCUGU